CACGUGAUGAUUCUAAACCCAAGAUGGCGGCAGAGUUAUCAUUUGGUUCCGUGCCGGCGCUGUACCGGGAGGUGUAUGACAUCGUGUGCCCCUCGGGGCAAGACAGCAGGGUGGACCGAGAAAUGUUCGUCAAGCUCCUGAUGAAGUCCAACCUUCCCAAACAGACGUUGAGUUCUAUCUGGGAUGCAGUAGACAACAAAUCAGGCUUCCUGACCAGGAAUGGGCUGUACAAGGCCUUGGCCCUCACAGCCAUGGCUCAACAGGGCAAGAACAUAGAGGACAGUGACAAGAUACUGGAGAAUUUCGGAGACCAAGAGCUGCCCCGGCCAGCCUUGGGUGACCUGAGUGACCUGAAGACCCUGAGUAUCAAAGUCCGUCGGGAGCGGAACCCCUGUGUGCUGGGCUUCAGGUUCAUGGAACUGAUCGAGCUGGAAGCCAUUGAGGUGGAUCUCAUACCUGAGAAGAAGGGACUCAUUCUUAAACAUGUGGAAUAUGAAGUGUUAAGUAGGAGAUACAAGAGCAAAGUACUAAGAAGGUAUAACGACUUUGUAGCAUUCCAAGAACUCUUGCUUGUCCGGUUUCCCUACCGUAUGGUUCCCCGUCUACCACCCAAGAAAAUGAUCGGAGCGGACAGAGAGUUCAUUGAAGGAAGAAGAAAAUCAUUGAGACGCUUCUUGAACCUGGUAGCGAGGCAUCCAUCUUUUUCUGAAGAGUCCCUUUUGAAGUUCUUCCUUACAUUUGGUGGGGCUGACAUGCAACAUGUUAUCAAAGUUCAGUUCCGGGGCAUUCCAGAUGAGUUUGUUACCAGUCCUCUUGCCGUCCAAGCCAAGGAUCUUGUACCGAUGGACACACAAGUACAGUUCAGCAACAGCCGUGACUUCAUCCGCAUUCUCUUCAACAGUAUCACCCACAUCAAGGGGGUGGCAGACCGCAUGGUGGCCAGAUCUACAGGCCUGGCGGCAGACAUGUUGAUAUUUGGGAAGGAACUGAGUGUUCUGGCCAACGACCCGCCAGCUCUGUCCUCCUGGGCCUGCGGCUCGAUAGACACCUGGUCACACCUGCAGAACGGCUUCAAGAGCCUGUCUGUAGAGUUUGGGGUUUUAGCAGACAAGUCUCAGAAACAGGCACAUGUGGAAGAUGACUGCCUAGUGGAACAACUUCAGUACUUCUUGGACCUAUUGACUUCAUACAAGGACUUGUGUGAUCGCCAUGAGAAAGGCGUGUUGUCAGACCAUCAACGUGCCCUGCAGAAGAUGGGUCAGAUGAAGAAAAGGAAAAUGUCGGCAACGAUACAGGGCAAGGAACAGACUGCUCUAGUGGAACAGUUGGAAGCCAGGAUUAUAGAGCAAGAGAGUGAGAUCAACAACAUGGAGAACAGGAACUACUUCUCCCUGCACUGUGUCCACAUGGAGACCCAGCUCAUUCACGCUAACAUGGAACUCCUGGUCAAGGUCAUGGAGGGGCUGCUCAGUACACAGGUCAGGGGGCACCAAGAGCUGGCACAAAUGUGGGAGAACGUAGCACCAAAGAUCAAGACUCUGAUCCCACCGUCCGCGAAAUCACCAGGCACGUCCCCCGCCACGUCCCCCAUGUCCGAAACAGCGCCGUCAUCCUUCCGGUAGAACCAACCAUCACGUUUAGGCCAUUGGUAGUGUCACCAUAGUCUGUAGCCUGCCCUCUCCUUUCAGCCUGGUCACAUUAGUUACAUCGUACGACAUCUUUAUAGUCCGAAUGGCAAAACUUGCUAUUAGAUAGACUUAGAAGAAAGCAAUAAACUUUAAACAUGUAACAUGAAAAAAUCAGGACGGUGCUAAUAAAAACUUAAAAUGAACACAUUACCCAUUGUAGGAUUUAUGCUGUUGUUUGUUAAUGAGCUGUUGAACAGAAUUGCUGAAGUGACAGACAGCUGACAGUGGAAGAUAUGAAAGAUAGUAUAUGUUACAUUAUGUAGUGGUUAUGCCAGUUAGCCUGCAUGCCGACCAUGGUAGCUGUAGUCUGCUCCAACUGAUCUUGCAUUAUGUAUUUUAUAAAGUGAAAGUACCUUGCUCAUGAUUUAUAAUAUAACAUAUCAUAUGUAGUAUGUAUGGGUCCUGCCAUGUCUAAGCAAGAUAGCAUAAACUUUCUUGCCUUUUUCACUGCACCACUGGAAGGAGAGGGGUAAUCAUGGUGUCAUACCCAUAUUUGCUGGUCAAAUGAAUUUGUGAUACAAAAAUUGUACAUAUAUUUGAUAGACACAAUUGUAUAUGUAUACAUGAAAGUUUUACCAGUAGUGAUUGUAUCCCUAGGAUCCAUUUUGUUUAUAACAUAUCUUUGUUUGAACCAAAGCCAACAUGGUAUAAUUGUGCCUUAUGAUUCGAAAAGCUAUGUCUGAUUUUCUAUAGUUAACUUGUUAGUACAGAAAUAUGUUUUUUGUUGUCAAAAAAUGAUAUCCUUAGUUAAAAGUAUUGCCAGGCUCUCAGACAGCCAUCAAAAGCUGGGAAUGUGUAACACAAUUCAUUAUCAUCAUGGAGUUAGAAGCAUUCUAGUGUAGAGUAGGGUACAACAAUCAGAUUCAUGACUGGAAUUGUAUCGUAAGACUUUUUUCCAGUUGAUAUUCAGAACACAUUAUGAACUGUAACGUGUAAUUACAUGUUUGAGAAAAGAUUCCAUUUGAAUAUUGUACAAAGGUAUGAAGCAAUAAUCAAGAAAGAUGGUAUAACAUUUGUUCAGAUUCUAUGGAUUUGAUUUCUUUAAAAAAGAAUGUGUUAUGCUUAGGUCUACCAAAAUGUGGUAUUUGGUUCAUUAACCUUUAUGUCCUUUUUUUGCAUUCUUGCAUUUGAAAGUAAUCUGGUGUGGUUCAGAAAAUGACAUGCCCUCAGAACUAUGUUACCUGUACUGUGGCAACCAUCCUUUGUUUAUUGCUGGUUUUGAUUUAAAAAGAAGAAUGAAAUAUUCCUAUAUAUGU